GUUACGGGGUGUAACUAGCUUAAGAAAAAUGAGCAGCUACAGUGGUCGCAAAUUAACUGCUGUUGUCAAGGAACUCGAAAACUUUGCCCCGCUUUCGCUGGCCGAAAAGUGGGAUAACGUGGGACUUCUGAUCGAGCCGCACAAUGAGAGAGAUGUGAAAAAGAUACUCCUGACCAACGAUCUCACCGAGCCCGUAAUGAAGGAGGCUGUGGAAAAGCAGGUGGAGAUGAUCAUUAGCUAUCAUCCGCCAAUCUUCAAACCCCUGACAAGAAUUACCAAGUCCAACUGGAAGGAGCGGGUGGUGGCUGCCUGUUUGGCCAAUUCCAUAGCCCUGUAUUCGCCCCAUACGUCGUGGGAUAAGAAAACUGGUGGCGUCAACGAUUGGUUGGCCCAGUCCGUGACCAUUAAAAGCAUUCGGCCGUUGAUACCCGAGUUCGGGUGCACCGAACCUGGCACCGGCUCGGGAAGGUUGAUCGAGACGAAUAUGACAAUUUCUCAGUUGGUUGAGGCACUGCAGCAUCACAUCGAGAACGAUGUGCACGUGGCCCUGGCCGUGGGACAUGAUUCAAAGACACUUGUGCGCACUGUGGGCAUCUGUGCGGGAUCGGGAGGCUCCCUUUUGCGGGGCAUCCAGGCCGAUACCAUCAUCACGGGCGAAAUGUCACAUCACGAACUGCUGGAAUUCAAUCACAAUGGUACCACCGUGCUGCUCUGCAAUCACAGCAACUCGGAGCGCGGAUUCCUGCGCAUGUUUGCACCGAAACUUGGUGAACUCUUGCAGGGAGCCUGUCAAAUCCUCAUAUCGGAGAAGGACCAAGAUCCACUGGUCACGUCCGUACGGGUAUCUGUGAGUGCCGCCCCAAAGCAAGCUCAACAAUAAAUCGCAGCUAACAAUGCAUUUUCUGGCAUCAAAAAUAGUUAAAUUACAAAUAAACGACUAUAAUAAGACA